AUGUCCAUUCGGGUGGAACUGUGUGGCGGAUUAGAUCUGCUUUUUAACAAGCAGAAAGAACUGACUGUUCAGUUAACGGAUAUCGGUCAAAAUGCCACCGUUGGGGAUUUAAUUCAAUACAUGACAAACAAGAUAGAGGACGAGUCCAAAUGCGAGCUUUUUGUUAUGGAUGGAUCUGUUCGGCCUGGAAUCAUUAUCCUCGUUAACGACCAAGACUGGGAGCUAUUGGACAAGGAGGACUAUGUCUUAGAGACAAAGGACAAUGUUGUCUUCGUCUCCACUCUCCAUGAUCAUCUAGGAAAUAUAUCGGUUCAACAUUCACAUCGUAGUGUACAUCUGCAGUAG